AGGCGGAACUGAAAUAAAGCAGAACUUGUUUCCGUGAUCAGUCGAGCCUAUUUUUCCAGCGCACAAUAUGCAGAAUCAAGCAUGGACGAGGGUGCGCAGCGAAUAUUGGAGCAUUUGACUGAAGUAGAGGUUGCUGCAGAAGACAUUCUUUCUGACAAACAACAGAUAGUGGAUCUGGAUUUGCGGAGAAACAGAAAUCGAGAAGCUCUCAGCGCUUUACGAAAUCAUUCCUCAAACGAUAAUGUUAAGGUGUGUUUUGGAAAUAUGUUCAUCAAAUUCCCCAAAGAGCGCACCAGAUCCAUGAUCCUUAAAGACCAAGAACAGCUGGACAAGGAAAUAACUGACCUCCGCAAAAGGCUAAAAGCAAAAGUAAAUCGUCUCAAUGAGAUACAAGGUAAGCCUGAGCUGAGAGGAUAUAACCUUGCCCCUCUGAGCAAUGAUGAGAUGAAGGCGAUUAACAGCCUCCUUAAGAAAUGAUAUUCGUCUUGAACCUGGAAACAUUUGCACUGAACUGAAGUAAACGCAAACCACCCAUGACUUUACUGACUCCGCAGAUGACCAAUGCAAGCUCUUCGCUUCUUUCUUUCUUUUUUUUGGUGACUGGCUCACACGGUCUUUUCAUCAUUCAGUGCUUUUAUUUUGAUUGUGUUUAAAGGUCUUGCUUGUGUUUUGUGGAAUGAGAAGCAAAACUGAACUGUUGAAGAGCAUAAUGCAAAAAAAAAUAGAUUCUACAUAGCAAACAAACAAAUUCAAAUUCAGUACUUGUCGGCAGUGUCUGAAAACCCAUUAACAUGCUUAUUUCUGGUGUAAUUAUGUGUGAUUUACAUGUUCUAAAUUGACAAUGUAUUCUUUUUACUCAGUAAACUCAAUGUUUCAUCACUUUA